AUGCUUCCGCUCGCGCUCCUUUCGGCUGCCCAGGGCAAGCCCAUGCUCGUCGAGCUCAAGAACGGCGUCACGUUCAACGGCCACCUCGUCGACUGCGACAACUUUAUGAACGUCACCCUGCGAGAGGUGUAUCAGACCAGUGCGGACGGCGAGCGGUUCUGGAAGAUGAAGGAGAUGUUCAUCAAGGGUAACGUGAUCAAGUACUUCCGCAUAGCCGACGCAAUCCUCGACCAGGCCGCCGAGGAGCAGGAGAAGAACCGCGCGCUCGGCAGGCAGCGUGGCGGCGGUCGCGGUGGCCGCGGCGGCGGCAUGCCCGGUCGUGGAGGACGUGGCGGCCCACCCCGUGGUGGCCAGGCGGGCCGAGGUCGCGGCGGACCCGGCAUGCGGGGCGCGCGCGGAGGUGCAGGUGCCGGCGGCCCAGGCGCCGGUCCCAGGCAAGCCUGA